AUGCCCGGCUUCAAGCCAACUAACACAUCCUCGCCCGCGAAGCCUAUCAUUGCAGCCCAACGCCCAUUAGUCUCUUUCCAGGCAACAACAUCUGAUGUCUCCCGUGGGUCGGCGGCCUCGAAAUCUGAACUACACAACCUGACGUCUGCGGAAGUCGAGUUUUUUGAUGCAGUUGUCAAAAGAAUACCUCCCAACGCUACCUCGUUUCUCUCGGGACUAAAGGCGUACAACGAUGAACUGCACGAUCGGGGCUGGGAUAGCCAGACGGAGACAGUGCACUACGGGAGGCUGCUGGAGCUCUGCAAACUCCGGGGACCAAGCUUGGAAUCACAAAUGGGAUGGGCACCCAUUCCGACUUCGAAGCCUGCGAGAUCAACUGCUCGUCUCGCAACGCCUGUCCGCGACGAGGAUGACGAUGUGUUUACCCUUCACUCACACCAAGACCAAGACCAGGAACAGGAUGAAACUGCAACAGAAACAGAAACCCCUUUUUCUGAUGCCGAAUCGGAAGAGGUCCCUCCUCGCCCCCUCACGCGCCUGAACCAGGCUACACGUCCCAACGCAUCAGUGCAAUUGACACGGCCAGCUGUAUGGGAAGGAAUGUCAGACACCACCGACGAUUGUGAUUUACCAGGCUCUUUAUCAACUACUCCGCCAUCUUAUCGCGCUGCUGUUGCAACGCCUGUCCCUCAAAAAGCACGGAGUCAGCCGAUAGUUCGUGCAUUGUCACCGAUUAAAAACCCCGUAGCAGUCAGUGCGAUCGAACUUACAAAGGGUCGCGCGCGCAAGGGAAGCGUGAUCAAUGAAGAUGAAGCGUGGCAAAAAAUUAAGAUGUCACGAGACGAAGAAGACGCGGAUAAGUUCCGUGAAGACAAACUUCUCGAACAUUGUUGGGGAAUUUGGGUUCUCGGUUACCAGUGGCUAGCGACAACGAAUGAACAAGUUGUUCAGGCUCGAGAUAAUGUAAUCCUAGGUUCUUCAUUACGCUCCUGGCGGAAUGCUACUGCUUCGCGUCUUGAAAUGCACGCCCGCGCUGGCUCUAUUGCCAAUGCGCGCUGCCUUCGCUUCGCCCUUGAUGUUUGGGGUGCAAAACAUAAGCAGAAAAAGCAGUUACAGUGGCGUCAUGACAUGCGCACCAAGAUGAAGACGGUUCGCGAAAGGCAUGAAACUAAACUUGUCAAAUAUGCAUGGACCAAAUGGCAGCAGUCUCACCGUUCACUUCUAAACGAGCUGCAGUACAAUGAACGCAUAGUUGCACGGUUUUUCCUGCGAUGGAAAAACUCUUUGUUGAAGCUAGAUCGCAUGGAUUCUGCUGCAGACGAGUUUUCUCAGAGAAUCAAGGGGAGCGCUGCUCAUAGAGCAUGGAAGCACUGGAAAAAAGCUAUGGCUGCCAGAGAUGCCGGAAAAACCGUUGCACACAAGGCGGCACUCAGGAUCAAAGGAAUGGUGAUGGACUUGUGGAAGAAGCAGACCCGUGAACACCAGACUGCAGAUGCCUAUCGCGAUGUUGCUAUCUUAAAGCGAGCAAUAAGCACAUGGAAAACUACCAGAGAUCGAAUGCGUGUCACGGAAAAGCGUGCCGAUAAAUAUCUCGCUCGUCAAGAUGCCUUUUUGCUCCGAGCCGUCGUCAGGGUUUGGAAGGCUCGCGAACGCGGGAAACUGCUCGAAAGGGUGAGAGACAUGCGUCUAAUGAAAAAUUCAAUUGUUAUUUGGAAAGAUCGCUUGCGAGAACGCAAGCAUCUCGAAGAUUAUGCUCUUGCAUUCUCCAUGCGCUCCGAUUCAUAUGGUGUCUCUUCAGCUCUCCGAACUUGGCAUCGGGUCUAUACAAUUUACCAAAAUCGCCACGCCUUUGCUGUUCAACGUAAUCUUGCUCGUGUGCAGUAUGAUGCGCUACUCAAAUGGCGCAUCCAGCUGAGGGCGAAGAUGAAGCUGUUGAAACAAGCUCGAUUCGUGGAGAACUUCAUUCUUCAGCGAAGGAUUUUGAAAGCCUGGAAGGUCAAGUUUGAGGAACGCCAAAGACUGAAGAAACUCGAAGACCUUGAGAUCCGUCGACUUCGCACUUUCAUGACAGCAUGGCACCAGAAAUAUCAAAAAAAGCGAUUCCGUCGUUUAGCAGUGCAACAGAUAGAUGACCUCGUGUCUCUGCGAAUAAAACGGAAUGCUCUAAGACUCUGGACCAAUCGUGUCAUUGAAAUCAAGUUACGGGAACUGGAAGUUAGCCAGAAGAGCGCCCACGCACUAACUGUCUUCGCCUUCAAGAAAUGGAAGAACAUAUGUUUGCGCCACGUUGAAGACCUGAGCCUCAUGGAGAGUCAUCUUGAUAUCAAACGGGCCGAGAACGUUCGCCGGAUGUUCUAUCGCUGGCUGAUGGCGGCCCGUGCUCGACGUCAUAAACGCAUUACUUUGCGCGAAAAGGAACUCGAAUUUGACCGCGCAAAUGUGCAGGUUGCUUGGAACAGGUGGAGAGAACGGUACAUGGAUGAGAAACUUCGACCCCUUCUAUGCCAGAUGGCCAUUCAGAAUCAAAAGAAUCUCCUCUUCCGUGCGUUUGGUAUUUGGCAUUCAAAGACCCGAUCUCUCCCAGCCAUCCGUUUCCAGGCCUCACGAACCAAGAUGAGCUAUUGGGCUAUCUGGAGAGCUGCUAUGCCGCAGGCACUUCUGGCUAAAAGAGCCCGAGAGACUCAUAAUGAUGCCGUCCUAAAUCGAGCAAUCGAAAAGUGGCACCAAGCCUACAAAACAAAAACCCACUUGAAGGAAAUAGCUCGCGCUCGUUAUCUUCGUUUGCCGUCCGUUAGUCCCGGACGAGCCAACCAGACGCCCAAGCCCCCGGUACGCACGAGUCGCAGCCCAUUUCCUCGUCAAAAUACCCGUGUAGAGAGCGAAACAGAAGGCUCGGAAGUAGGUCCGAGCCGCCCUGCCGCUACUCGACCUGGCAUUGCACGUCUUCUCGCAAACCAAACGCGUCCCGAACCUGUUGGCCGUCAGAACGCCAAACCCCCAAGUCGUGGACUUCAUCGAACAAAACUUCCAUACCACCGUCCUCAGGCACCGUCCUCACCUGUACGACCCAGGUUCACGGCGAGACGAGCUAUCAGCCCUGCGAAGUCCAAAAGUUCUUAUGCUAGGGAAGUUAGUCCCACUAGGUCAAAUUACACCUCCACACCUAGGGAGGAGCCCGAGCGCAGUCGACUCUGGCAAGAGCUGAGACAAGUGCAGAAGAGGUCAAGACCCCCAACGGAAAAGUCACGAACACCUGAACCUCCAUGA